AUGGCUUCUCGGAUCACCCCGUCUCCCGUUGGAUCUACUGCGGUUUGCGGCAUCAGCAGCAGCUUCAGCAGCACGCGCCGCGGCGCUAACGUCUUGAAGAUAUGGCGGCGCGCGAUUGCAUGGCGCGUGGGGCGCUUCAACGAGAAAGAGCAGUGCGCUCUGUGCUCCCCCCGUGCGUCGCUCGGCUUCUCCCCUCUGCGAACCAAUCCCGUGGCUAAGCCGCCCAGCAAGAAGCCCAGGCCCAGGAAAGUGAUGGGUACCGCUGCUGCUGUGAAGCCCAGAGCGGUGCAGAGCGGUCAAGCGACCGUCGCAACUGCAGCAGCCAAAGCCACGCCCGCCAAGGCGACGCCAGCUAAGGUGACGCCAGCUAAGGUGACACCGGCUAAGGUGACGCCGGCUAAGGUGACGACAGCUAAGGUGACGCCAGCUAAGGUGACGCCUGCUAAGGUGAUGACAGAUAAGGUGGCCCCAUCCAAGGCGACGCCAGCCAAGGCAACGCCAGUUAAGGCAACGCCAGUUAAGGCGACGCCGCCAGCUAAGGUGAUGCCAGCGACACCAGCUAAGGCGACACGUGCAAGCCCUACUACCGCGGUAGGUGUGAAGGCUGCAGGUGCAAGCAGCCCAGCAGCAGCAGCUCCUCUCACCAUGAAAGCGGGUCUUGCUGGCGGGUCUGGAAUCCCCAGACCUGCAAGCAGUGCUUCAACAAGGAGGGUUGCAGCAGGAGCGACGACAAGUGGCAUUCCCAAGCCAGGGAAGGGUGUUGUGGGAGAGAUGGUAGGAGAGGUGGAGGAAUGUGGUGAGCUGGAAUGGGGAGGCAUGACAUGA